CUUAAACUCGUUCGCGUUGCUGUUGGUCGUUGCCUUGCGUGAAACCACAAAAGAAAAAUAAUAAUAAUACAAUAAUCCUUAAACGACUAAAAGCAAAUAACACAUUCAGCUGAAUAACCGCAGACUUCAACAAAUGCCAAAUUUUAAAUAAUUUACAAAUAAUAAAAUAAAUACGAAAGAAAAAUCAAUUUACAACAACGUCCAAAGAACAACAACUGCACCACCGUCAAAUAUAACAAAUUCUAAUUUAUUUGUGGCCAACAACAAAAAAGCUUUUAGCAGGCUUCAUUAGUUGCAAAAGUGUGCAUGCGAGUGCGAGUGUAUGUGCGUGUGUGUGUGUGUGGGAGUGUGUGUGAGUGUAAAAGUGUCAGUGGUACUGGGACUCAACACACCUGUUGAUGGCUCGUGUUGUCCGCACUUAAUGGGACAGCGUUAGCACAAAGGCGCACUUAAUGAACUUAACAGGAACAAUCAAUUUGCUCGCUGGAAGGAAACUUUAAAUAUGAAUACAGGAGAACAUAAGGAGCAUGCAUCAUCAACGCAGCAAAAACAACAAUCGCCGACAGCCAAUGACCAACACCAACAACAGCAGCAACAACAGCAGCAACAACAACAGCAACAAAAUAAGAAAUACGAUGCCUUGGAUAGUUCUAGUACCAAUAAUAAAUUAAAUCAUAAAAACAAUAUCAAUAAUAAGGACAAAGAUAAGGAACGAGCUAGGGAUAGGGAUAGGGAUAAAGAGACGAGCAAGGAUUUGUCACCAAGUCCGACAAGCAUUGUCAUUGAUGAAUCAUCAUCAUCUACAUCAUGCCUGCCCCAAAACAACACACAGCAAGAGCCAAGCAGCUCCCACAGCGGCAACGGAGCGAGAACAACAACUUCCUCAAGUCAGAGGCGUCGUCAGUUGCAAUUUCAGCGGCAGAAGGAGGCGAAACUUUAUGACCACAGCGAUGAGCCGACAUCAUCGACCACCAGCGUGAUGGGUGGCGGCGAGCUAGUCAAUUGCAUAGCCUACGACGAUAAUACGCUGAUUAUUGAACGCAAGCCAUCGCCGACAUCGCCAUCGACAUCGCGACGCUACUUGAAAGCGGAGACGCCGACGCGGGGCAGUCGCAAAUAUAAUCGCAAGUCGGCCCCACCCAAAAGUGACCUAGAGGUGGUUAUAUUGAAGCCGGAGCAUCAUCAUCAGCAUCGAUCGCCGACGAUAACGCUGCCGGUGCCGGCGACAUCGAUGAUAACGGGAAGUGGCAGCUCGUCGGUAUCGCCAACGGUUGCCACAGGGCCAACGGUGCUACAACAAAGUUGCAGUCCGCUUGAAGGGAUUGCCGCAAGCAGCGAGGAUACCACAGCAGGCGCCUCCAGCUGCAGCAGGAAGAGAGCGAACAACACAGAACUUGCGUUGAGCACCGUCACCAGUCAAAUUGUUAAUAAUACGACAUACAAGCUCGACUUUAAGCAGCGCAGGCACAAAAACAACAACAACAAUAACAACGGCAGCCACACAGGCAACGGUGGCAGCAACAGCAACGGUGGCAACAACAGAGGCAGCAAACGUCAACGACGCAAAUCCAGUUGCCACUCUUGUGGAGGAUCUAUUGGUGGCGGCAACGUCAGUCAGCGUUUGACACCAGAGGAGGCAGCAUCACAAUCAGCAGCAGCAGCAGCAGCGACAGCAAAUGCCACAGCAGCAGCAGCAGCGGCUGUGACGUGGCAGCAACAACCACAGAAUAGUGUGACUAGUGCUGGCAGCACCAACAGCAGUUAUAGCAGCGGGGCCAGAGACGAGGACAGCAGCUACAGUGCCAUUGGAGGCGACAGCAGCAGCAGCAACAGUUGCAACUGCGACAUCACCGGUGACAACAGUACGUUGCAUGGUUUUGGCGUUGGCGACAUCAGCAGCUUCAUAGGGGACGACGAUUGCGAGGCAGGCGACGACGACGACGACGAUCCCGAUAAUCCGGCCGAUCUCAGCUCGCAGACAUUGCGCACAGCGGCAAUUGUUGCAGCCGUUGCAGCAGCAGCCAAGGAACAGGCCGCAUCAUCGGCCGCUGGCAACACCGAUUGCGAGAGCUUCAGUGAGCGACGCCAGGAUGCGGAUGAUGAGAUUAGAAUUAUUGCUGGGACAGCGCUUAGUGGCAACGAUUCGCUCGAAGAUGUCGGUGAUGUGGAUGACAAUGCGGAUGUCAUUGUAAGAAGAAAUACGCGCAACAAUCGUCCCUCGAUUCGAAGGACAUGUAGAAUAACCGAAGAGGACGACGACGACGAAGACGAGGAAUACGACGAAGAAGACGAGCCUGAGGGUACAACUAUUGAUAUUGAUGAACAAGAGCAGCUGGCCCAACAGCACGAGCACUAUAGCGAACAGGACGAUCAUCACGACGAAGACGACGAGGAAGAGCGCGACGAAGACGACGAGGACGACGAGGAAGCUGACGAGUAUUACGAAGAGGAGGAGGACGACACUCAAGCAUUUUCACCCUUCUACUCUAGCUCCGCGGAGCUAAUUGAUAAUUUUGGCGGCGGCGCCGGCAAGUUCUUCAACAUUAUGGACUUUGAAAGAGGCGCCGCUGGAGGCGGCACCUACACUCCCAAUGGCAACGGAGGUGCUGCCCUUGGCGGCGAUAUGUCCCACUCUCAUAAUCCGCAAGCAGACCUCGGCGGAGGCACCAACAUUAUGGGCAUUGAUACCAUGGGCAUAGCAAACAUUCCGGAAACCAUGAACGGCACCACAAUUGGACCCAGCGGCGCCGGUGGACAAAAACCAGGAGCUGCAGGUUCGAAGCGACCCCAGCGACGAGGCAAACCGCAGCCGGAUCGACCACAGCGUGCGUUGUUCUGUUUGGGGCUUAAGAACCCUCUACGAGCUCUUUGCAUUCGCAUUGUGGAAUGGAAACCAUUUGAGUUCCUUAUAUUGUUAACAAUCUUCGCCAAUUGUAUUGCCUUGGCCGUGUACACGCCUUAUCCAGGCGCCGAUUCGAAUGCCACGAAUCAAACCUUGGAAUCAAUUGAAGUUAUAUUCCUAAAUAUAUUCACAGCGGAAUGUGUUAUGAAAAUAAUAGCAUAUGGUUUUGUGUUACAUAAUGGUGCAUAUCUAAGAAAUGGAUGGAAUUUAUUAGAUUUUACAAUUGUAGUUAUAGGAGCGAUAAGUACCGGACUAUCUUCAUUCGUGAGUGAGGGCUUCGAUGUGAAGGCACUCCGUGCCUUUCGAGUACUGCGUCCACUGCGACUUGUAUCGGGUGUACCAAGUCUACAGGUUGUGCUUAAUUCAAUUUUAAAGGCCAUGGUGCCACUGUUUCACAUUGCACUUCUGGUCAUAUUCGUAAUCAUAAUCUAUGCCAUAAUUGGCCUAGAGUUAUUCUCUGGUAAAUUGCACAAGGCGUGUCGAGAUGAGGUAACAGGUGAAUACGAAGAUACUAAAAGGCCCUGUGGAGUGGGCUAUGAGUGCCCAGCUGGUAUGAAGUGCUACGGCAAUUGGAUUGGACCCAACUUUGGCAUUACCAACUUUGACAAUUUUGGACUUGCCAUGUUGACGGUGUUUCAGUGCAUCACACUAGAGGGUUGGACAGAUGUCUUGUAUUAUAUACAAGAUGCCAUGGGCAGUACAUGGCAAUGGAUGUACUUCAUUUCAAUGGUCAUCUUGGGCGCAUUUUUCGUCAUGAACCUGAUUCUUGGUGUGUUGUCUGGAGAGUUCUCCAAAGAGCGUAACAAGGCCAAAAAUCGUGGCGAUUUUCAAAAGCUGCGCGAGAAGCAACAGAUCGAGGAGGAUUUGCGUGGCUACCUCGAUUGGAUAACACAGGCCGAAGACAUUGAGCCCGAUGCUCCCGGUGGACUUAUGCCCGACGGCAAGGGCAAACAGCCAAAUGAAAUGGAUUCUACCGAAAAUAUGGGCGAAGAGAUGCCCGAUAUGCAAGUUACCGAAUCACGUUGGCGCAAAAUGAAGAAAGACUUUGAUCGUGUUAAUCGACGAAUGCGUCGCGCCUGUCGCAGAGCUGUCAAGUCGCAGGCAUUCUAUUGGCUCAUCAUUGUGCUGGUGUUUCUCAACACUGGCGUUCUGGCAACAGAACACUAUGGCCAAGUCGAUUGGCUAGAUGAUUUUCAGGAAUAUACAAAUAUGGUGUUCAUUGGACUCUUCACUUGCGAAAUGUUGCUGAAAAUGUACAGUUUAGGUUUCCAGGGAUACUUUGUGUCACUAUUCAAUCGCUUCGAUUGCUUUGUUGUCAUCGGCAGCAUAUCCGAGACUGUGUUGACCAGAACCGGAGUAAUGCCCCCAUUGGGUGUCUCCGUGUUACGUUGUGUGCGUCUUCUGCGAGUCUUCAAGGUGACCAAGUAUUGGCGCUCGCUGUCUAAUCUAGUUGCUUCCUUAUUGAAUUCAAUACAAUCAAUUGCUUCGCUUCUUUUACUGCUCUUCCUGUUUAUUGUGAUAUUUGCAUUGCUGGGUAUGCAAGUUUUUGGUGGUAAAUUUAAUUAUAAUGAUGAGGAGAAGGUUCGCAUGAAUUUCGAUUGCUUCUGGCAGAGCAUGCUCACAGUAUUCCAGAUAAUGACGGGCGAGGAUUGGAAUGCAGUCAUGUAUGUUGGCAUCAAUGCCUAUGGCGGUGUCUCCUCCUAUGGUGCCUUGGCCUGCAUAUAUUUCAUCAUAUUGUUCAUAUGCGGUAAUUAUAUUCUGCUGAAUGUGUUCUUGGCCAUUGCUGUCGACAAUUUGGCCGAUGCUGACUCACUCUCGGAGGUCGAGAAGGAUGAGGAACCGCUUGACGAGGGCGCCUUAAGAAAAUCACACAGUCCCACGCCAACCAUAGAUGGUAUGGACGAUGAGCAUAUGAGCAUUGAUAUGGAUAUGGAACAUCAUGACAUGGACGAUGAUAAGGAUCAUGAAACCUUAUCCGAUGAAGAGGGUCGAGAAAUGUGCGAGGAGGAAGAAGAAGUGGAUGAAGAAGGCAUGAUAACAGCACGCCCACGUCGUAUGUCUGAGGUUAAUACGGCUACAAAAAUUCUACCAAUACCACCGGGCACAUCAUUCUUUCUUUUCUCCCAAACGAACAGAUUUCGCGUGUUUUGCCAUUGGCUCUGUAAUCACAGUAACUUUGGCAACAUAAUCCUGUGCUGUAUUAUGUUUUCAUCCGCCAUGUUGGCUGCGGAGAAUCCACUAAAGGCUAACGACGAUUUGAAUAAAGUUCUCAAUAAAUUUGAUUACUUUUUCACGGCAGUUUUCACAAUAGAACUGAUUCUGAAAUUGAUUUCAUACGGUUUCGUAUUACACGACGGAGCCUUUUGCAGAUCCGCAUUUAAUCUAUUAGAUUUACUUGUGGUUUGCGUCUCAUUGAUAUCUCUAGUAUUCAGUUCGAAUGCGAUUUCAGUCGUGAAAAUUCUUCGUGUUCUUCGAGUUUUAAGGCCUCUAAGAGCCAUUAAUAGAGCCAAGGGUUUAAAGCAUGUUGUUCAAUGUGUCAUAGUCGCUGUAAAGACUAUCGGAAAUAUUGUGCUCGUCACAUGCCUCCUGCAAUUCAUGUUUGCAGUUAUAGGAGUCCAAUUGUUUAAGUACGUGGUGAAGUGCGUUGUAGUCGCAAUUAAAACCAUUGGUAAUAUCAUGUUGGUUACAUAUUUAUUGCAAUUCAUGUUUGCCGUUAUUGGAGUGCAACUCUUUAAGGGUAAAUUUUUCUCCUGCACCGAUGGCUCUAAAAUGUCUAAAAGCGAAUGCUAUGGUACCUAUCUUGUCUAUGAGGAUGGUGAUAUAAACAAGCCGCGCCUGAAGGAACGCGAAUGGGAUAAUAACGGUUUCCAUUUCGAUGAUGUGGCCAAGGGCAUGUUAACCCUCUUCACCGUUUCCACCUUUGAGGGCUGGCCGGCCCUGCUAUACGUCUCUAUUGAUUCGAAUAAGGAAAAUGGGGGUCCAAUACACAAUUUCCGUCCUAUAGUUGCUGCCUACUAUAUAAUCUAUAUUAUUAUUAUUGCCUUCUUUAUGGUCAACAUCUUUGUCGGUUUCGUUAUUGUCACUUUCCAAAACGAGGGUGAACAGGAGUACAAGAAUUGUGAUCUCGAUAAGAAUCAGCGCAAUUGUAUUGAAUUCGCAUUAAAGGCGAAGCCAGUGCGACGCUAUAUACCCAAACAUGGUAUACAGUAUAAAGUUUGGUGGUUUGUCACAUCCUCAUCGUUUGAAUAUACCAUAUUCAUAUUGAUCAUGAUAAAUACGGUCACACUGGCGAUGAAAUUCUACCAACAACCGUUAUGGUAUACAGAGCUUCUAGAUGCACUCAAUAUGCUAUUCACAGCUGUAUUUGCACUCGAGUUUGUCUUUAAACUGGCAGCCUUUCGAUUCAAGAACUAUUUCGGCGAUGCGUGGAACGUUUUUGAUUUCAUUAUCGUGCUGGGCAGCUUUAUUGAUAUCGUUUAUUCGGAAAUUAAGAGCAAGACCACAUCUGGUCAGUCCGCUUGUGAUAUAGUCGAAGGCUGUAAGCAAAAAGCCAAAGCGGCCGGUUCGAACUUGAUUUCCAUCAACUUCUUUCGACUGUUUCGUGUCAUGCGUCUCGUCAAGCUGCUCAGCAAGGGCGAAGGUAUACGAACCCUUCUCUGGACUUUCAUUAAAUCGUUUCAGGCUUUGCCUUAUGUCGCAUUGCUCAUCGUCUUGCUCUUCUUCAUUUAUGCCGUGGUCGGCAUGCAAGUCUUUGGCAAGAUAGCGCUGAACAGCGAGACUGCUAUAACGAGGAACAACAACUUCCAGACGUUCCAGCAGGCUGUUCUGGUGCUCUUCCGUUCAGCCACUGGCGAGGCCUGGCAGGAAAUUAUGAUGUCGUGCUCAGCACAGCCUGAUGUGCGCUGUGACAUGGAAUCCGAUACGCCCGGCGAGCAAUGCGGCUCAUCGAUUGCCUAUCCCUACUUCAUAUCGUUUUAUGUGCUGUGCUCCUUCCUGAUUAUCAAUCUGUUUGUGGCCGUCAUUAUGGAUAACUUUGAUUACCUCACACGUGAUUGGUCCAUUCUGGGUCCACAUCAUUUGGAUGAGUUUAUUCGUCUUUGGAGCGAGUACGAUCCGGAUGCCAAGGGACGCAUCAAACACUUGGACGUCGUCACUCUGCUACGUAAGAUAUCACCGCCUCUUGGCUUUGGCAAACUAUGUCCACAUCGCAUGGCCUGCAAGCGUCUGGUCAGCAUGAAUAUGCCCCUCAACUCCGAUGGAACUGUGCUCUUUAAUGCCACGCUCUUUGCCGUGGUUCGCACAUCGUUGAGCAUCAAGACCGAGGGUAACAUCGAUGAUGCCAAUGCCGAACUGCGUGCCACAAUUAAGCAAAUCUGGAAACGUACCAAUCCUAAGCUAUUGGAUCAAGUGGUUCCGCCACCUGGCAAUGAUGAUGAGGUUACAGUGGGCAAGUUCUAUGCCACGUAUCUAAUUCAGGACUAUUUCCGACGUUUCAAGAAGCGCAAGGAGCAGGAGGGCAAAGAGGGUCACCCCGAUAGCAAUACGGUCACCCUUCAAGCCGGUCUACGGACACUACACGAGGUGUCGCCAGCUUUAAAGCGCGCCAUCUCCGGCAAUCUGGAUGAAUUGGCUGAGGAACCCGAACCCAUGCAUCGCCGCCAUCACACACUCUUCGGCAGCGUGUGGUCCUCCAUUCGCCGACAUGGCAAUGGCACCUUCCGACGCAGUGCCAAGGCAUCCCAUAGCAAUGGAGCACUGACCAUUGGCGGCUCCUCGCUGGCAGCUGCUGGAGUUGGAGGCAGUAGCUUGGUGCUGGGCAGCGUAGAUCCCGCGGGCACUGAUUAUCUGUAUGACAGCCUCAAUCGCAGUGUGGCCGAUGGUGUCAAUCACAUAGCACGCAACCUAAUGCAAGCACGGAUGGCGGCCAGCGGCAAGCUGCAGGAUGAGCUGCAUGCUAGCAGCGGAGGCGAGCUGCGAACCUUUGGCGAGAGCAUCUCGAUGCGGCCCCUGGCGAAGAAUAGCAGCGGUGCAUCAACAGUUGCGGGCACGUUACCACCGGAAGCCAAUGCGAUAUCUUAUGACAACCGCAAUCGUGGUAUUUUAUUGCAUCCAUAUAACAAUGUCUACGCACCCAAUGGUGCUAUUCCUGGCCACGAGCGCAUGAUCCAAUCGACACCAGCUAGUCCUUACGAUCAGCGUCGUUUACCAACUUCAUUUGAAAUGAAUGGCUUAGCCGAAUCAUUGAUUGGAGGGGUACUCGCCGCUGAGGGCUUGGGAAAAUAUUGUGAUUCCGAAUUCGUGGGCACGGCUGCGCGAGAGAUGCAGGAGGCGUUAGACAUGACGCCUGAGGAGAUGAAUUUGGCUGCACAUCAGAUACUAUCGAACGAGCAUUCGAUGAGUCUGAUUGGCAGCAGCAAUGGCAGCAUCUUCGGUGGUCCUGGUGGUGCGAUUGGCGGUGGCAUGAGCGGUGGCAGCAGCAGCAUUGCUGGUGCAUUCGGUGGCAGCGCCAGUGGACCAUCAUCGUUCUCUCCGUUGCAUCAAGGUUCGGGCACUCUACAAUCACCACCGAUACCAGAUAAUCGUCUUAGACGAGUUGCCACUAUAACGACCACUAAUAAUAAUAAGUCUCAAAUUAGCCAAAUCAAUACUAAUAAUAAUUUAAAUAGUAGAACUAAUGCAGCAUCGCCUACAACUAGCCAAACAACAAAUUCACCCACUCUGCUGCAACAGCAACAACAACAACUACAACAACAACAACAACAAUCGCCUCAGCGUAACUUAGGCAGUGGUCAGGGUUAUCCGGCCGCCUCAUAGCAUACAUACUGUAGUCCAUACAUGCGAAAUGUCUUCUUGAUGGAAUUUUAAAUGUACGUUUAUGACAAUUUUUGUAUAAUUUUUAGCAAAGAAAAAAGAACAUUAGGAAUAUUUACUCAAGGUCAAAUAUUGCGUGACGUGAAAAAAACAAAACAAAA